AUGGCGCAGCCGUCGAGCCCCGAAGCUCCGCGGCAUCCAUCGAGUCAGGCGGACUUGCUGGAGUUCCCGCGGAGGCGGUUGGUGCAGCGUCCGACGGUCACCGCCAACCUCAGCAGCACUCUGGACUUGGGCGCCGCAUCACCUGCCCGGCGGGUCAUCCGAGAGGCGGCCCAUGUCCUGACCAAGGAUCAUCAGUCUGAUUUUGGAUACCCUCAGCCUUCGCCGAGGCAUGCGCACCCUGGCAACAGCCCGUCCUAUCAAACUGAGGUCACCAGGAGAAGCGGCUGCACCUUGACAAGUCCUCGAAAGCAAAGAUCUUUCGAGGAGGAGCUGCAGGAAGCGAGUGCCUGGACUCCAUCCACGGCCACCCCGAGCCAGUCGAACCCAGCCAGCGCGUGGUCGCCCAUACGCUUCGGCUCGCCCUCGCCGCGGCCGAUCGCCGUCAGCUCCCCCGGCUCGCCGGUGCGGCGCCGCAUGGCGGAGCUGGAUUUGCUCAUCGCGGAGGCCGAGAGCCAAGUUCAGAGCCUGGAGCUCUGGUGGCGCUCGAUACGCACACCGGAGGACAAGGAGCUGCCGUCCCACCGCAUCAACUUAGAGAAGCUGGUCCAAAGCGCGGUGGCGGCCCUGCAGCCGGCAGUGGGCCGGGCCAGAGCUCUGGAGCAGGACGCGCAGGUGCGAGCGCCGCUCGCCCAGCGCCGCGCCAGCCUGGCGGAGCUGGAUUUGAGGUUGGAGCGCAUCGUGUCGGAUCUCAGCUGCGAGGCGCUGUCCCCGAAGCACGGACGCAUGGGCGGCGUUGCCGCCUCUUUCUGCGCGAGUGAGGCAUCUCCAAAAGCGCCUUCCGUUUCGCAAGAGAUGGUACAGGAGAUCGAGGACGCCGAGCUGCGGGCCGAGGCAAGGCCUGGUGAAGACAUGCCGCGAGUGCCAAGCGAUGAGGCAGUCAAGACUCUGCAGGAGGCACUGGCGGCAGAGAGGAGUGCCAGGCUGCAGCUGGAGGCCACUGUCAAAGAGCUCAUUGCGAAGUUGGAGUCUGCGGAGCGAAAUGAGCAGGAGGCACCUGCACCUCUUGCGGCUGAACCUCCCAAUGCAGCGCCUUCGACAGCAGCGCCUACUGCGGCUGAACCUUCCAAUGCGACGCCUGCCAAUGCGGUUGCACAUGAUGUGUCACCUGCGGAUGCCGAGCCCUCCGCAAUGGCCUCCACGGCGGCUCCCUAUGCGCCCGAUUCGAGCGUCCCUCCGGUCCAAGAAGGGACACGUGAGAGCCCAGUUUGA